AUGAACAAAGAAGCAGAAAAAAAUACAAGCGAAAUUAAUUAAGCUUAUUAGGAUUCAAUACAAUCACAUAGUUUAUAAGAUGAGCAGAUUAAAAAAAGCUCAAAUGAAAAGAUUUCUUAGCCAUAAUCUACAAGCAAUAUAUACCUUUAGAUAAUGAGCGAUAAAAGACUUAAUGAAAAAUAAUUGUAGAGAAGAUCAAAUAACUCAGUAAGGAUGUUUAGUAAUAGUCAUAUUCAAGAUGAAUAAUCUGCUUAAACUAAUAUACAAAAAUAGGAGAAUUAAGGAUAAACAAAUGAAUAAACUUAAGUUAGAUAAAAGAAAUAGGUUGAUACAUUUAAUGAAUUAUAAUAAGAAGAUUCUUCAUCGCAAUCAUCAUCUUCUUCUAAGUCAAAUUCUUCUUCAGAUAGCGAAAGCGAAGCAGAUAAAGAUGAAUCUCCUUCAAAUGAAUAGAUUAUAGAUAAUUAAAAAAAUAGAUCCUAAAGCAAUUCAAGCUAAGAUUCAAAUAAUAAUAAUAUAAAUUAAUAAAAAAGCUGCAUGAACUAAUAAAGUUUGUAUUAUAUAUAAAAUACAUAAACUGAUUAAUCUAUGAGUAGCGUAAAUUAAGAUGAAGUUUUAGAAAUGUUUAAUUAUUAAAGCUCUAAUUACAUUCCAAAAUAAAUAAGUUGCUAAUAGUUUUAUUCUUAAUCGUGCAGUUAAAUUCCGCUUCAUUAAGCAGUCUAAGAUCAAAAAUACAAAGUAUCAAUUGAAUAUAAAUGUGGAUAAAUAAAUGAAGAAGGUGAUAACUAUGAAGAAAAUGAUUAUCUAAAGAACAGCAUGUAGAUUAAUAACGAAACAAAUAGCUUAUUGAAUUCCAGGGAAAUGAAAAAAAAUCUCACGAAGGUUAGUGAAAUUAGUGAGAAAACUCCAAAUGAAGAAGAUUAGCAUAGUUUCAAUUAGAGUUAAUAUCACUAAAAUUCAAAGAAACUAAUGACACUUUUACCUAAUAUGAAUGAAGGAGACGAAUUAACACUAGAUAUGCUCAUUGGAGAAAUGCAAAAAUAAAUUUCAAUAGGUACAAAUGAAAGUUCAAGAAAUAAUUCUUAAAGAGAAAUUCCUGCAAGCUGUGAAGAAAUACACUUUCCUAACUCUCAUAAUAAUGAAAUGGGUAGAAACCCUUCUCAAUAAAGGAACUCAAACAAUAACAUUAAAUAAAUUGCUCGUAAUGAUAGAUAAAGAUAAGGUUUUAAUGACAUGUUUUACUUCUCUGACUAGAUAAAAAUAUUGGAAAACAUUGUCAAGCUAGAAAAUCAUAUUAUGACUGAAGAAGUCAAAUAAAAAAUAAAAGCAGCUAUUAGAAGACAUUUUAUAUUUUCAAAUUUAGAAGAGCAGCACAUGAAUCAAGUAGUUAACAAAAUGUUUGCAUGCACCUGCAAAUAAGGAGAAUUUAUAUUUGAACAAAAUGAUGAAGCCUCACUAUUUUUUUUCAUUGAACAAGGAAAUGUUAAUAUAAAAAUUAACAAAGAAUUCAAAAAGUGUUUAGAUGAAUUUACUUCCUUUGGAGAGUUAGCUUUGCUUUAUAACUCCCCAAGAUCAGCUUCUGCUUAGGCUGCUUAGGAUGGUGUUUAAUUAAUUCUUUGGGCUAUUGAUCGUGUUACCUUUCUAAAUGUCAUCAAACACAUAAAUUAGUAAGACCUAGAAGUUAAUAGGAAAUUUUUAGAAAAUGUUUCAUUUUUCUCCAACUUUACUCAUGAACAAAAGGAUUUGCUUGCUUCUUAAUUUACCUAUCAAAAAUUUCAUAAGGGAGAAACAAUUGUCAACAUAGGAGAUGAUGCUAACUCUUUUUAUAUAAUUAAGUCAGGCUAAGUUAGCAUUAUAAGCUAAAAUUAGAUAGAAGAAAGAUAGCUUCAAAGUGGUGAUUGGUUUGGUGAGAGUAGCUUAUAUUUAAAUAAGAGUAUUAGGACAAGGACUGUCUAGGCUAAGAGCUUUGAUGUAAUUUUGCUUGCUCUAUCUAGAAAAGCUACAUAGGAAAUAUUAGGAGAUAAAAUUUAAUAUCUAGCAUUCAGAAAUCUAAUGAGAUGGGCAUUUGAGAAAGAUAAAAUUUUAUGCAAACUCAUAACUAUGCAAAGAGAGAAACUUUUUAGCCAUUUGAACAUUAGAAAGGUGAUGGAUAAAGAAGAAGUCAUUAAUCAAGCUCGCCCAAACUAAAUUUGUGUAAUUUUGGAGGGAAUUCUAGUAUAAAAGUCUAACAAUACUAUGUACGAAAAAGCUUAAGUGGUAGGCAGUAUGUGCUUGAUAGCAAAUUAAUAUACUGACAAUUAAUUAGUUUUCUCAGAAAAAGAGUCGCUAAUAGCUGAAAUUAGUAAAGAAUAGAUCGAAACUCUUCUUGGAGGUUCCUAUGAACAGCUUGUAACUAGAAACAGAAAGAGUCAUGAAAAUUCUGUCUAUUUCAGCAAGGGCAGUGAUAAAAAACUAUGUGAAGAUGAUGAUUUACUUGGAUUGAGGAACAUGAAAUUGAUGGAUUUAGUUUAUAUAAAAGAGCUUGGAAGAGGAAAUUUUGGUUCAGUUAAUUUGGUUUUUAACAACAUUCAAACUCAAGAUUUUACAACAAAUAAUAAAAGAAUAAGCACACAACAAGAUAUAAAUUAGAAUUUUAAUAUAAGAAAGAGCAAAUAUUCUUAAAAAAAUCCAGAAAUUUAAAUACAAAAGAAAUCAAAUAAAUUUAAUGAGAAAUAAAAAGAUAGACUAUUUGCAAUGAAAGUGUUCAUAAGCAAUUACAUAUUUUAAAGAGGGAUCGAAAAAUACAUUCUUCGUGAAAAGAGUACUUUAUAGAAAUGUAACUUUCCUUUCAUAAUGAGGUAUUAUCGUUCCUUUUAUGAUAACUACCAUAUCUAUUUUAUGAACGAAUUCAUUAAUGGGAUGGACUUUUUCACAGUCAUGAGAGAAGUGGGUCUAUUCAAUAAAUAAUAGGCAUAGUUUUACACCGCAUUCAUUAUACUCACAUUGCAGUACCUAAAUAAUUAAGGAAUCGUAUAUAGAGAUUUGAAACCAGAAAAUAUACUAAUAGAUCAUGAAGGAUGGCCGAAAUUAGUAGAUAUGGGUACAGCUAAGUACCUUUAUGAUAAAAAUCAGUAAUUAACCAGAACAUAUUCACUAGUUGGUACUCCUCAUUACAUGGCCCCUGAAGUAAUUUAGUAGAAAGGUUAUGGAUUUGCUGUAGACAUUUAUUCUCUAGGUGUUAUUUUAUAUGAAUUACUAGUUGGAUAUUUACCAUAUGGAGAAGAUGUAGAUGAUCCUAUUGAAGUUUAUCAAUUAAUUCUUGAAGGAAGGCUAGGAUUUCCAAAUCACAUGAAAAAUAGACUCAGCGAUAAAAAAUUGAUUAGUUAACUAAUGGCAAAAUCACCAGAAGUUCGUUUAGGUGGUUCUUAUGGUGCACUGAAAUCUCAUGAGUGGUUUGAAGAUUUUGAUUGGGAUAUAUUUUUUAAUAAGUAAGCAACUCCUCCAUAUAUACCUCCAAAAAAUAAAUUAUCUUCAGACUAAUUUAUUGAAGGUCAGAUUCAAAAUAAUUCUAAAAACUCUUUCUAAACAAUUAUGAUGAUUUAAAGUGCCUAGUCAGGUAGAUAUGCAAAAGAUUUUAAAAUAACAUAAAAACAAAGGGAGUUUUUAAAUAACUUUAAUUAUUGA